AUGGCAGCAGCGAUUGAAAUUGGUAUAGAGAAAUUGGAAGUAGUGGGAGAUUCCAACCUGGUAGUCUCACAGGCCAACGGUGAUUGGAAAGUCAAAGAAGAAAAGCUAAAGCCUUACCAUCAAAAUCUUGAGGAUCUCAUCCCUCAGUUCAACAAAGUAACCUUUACUCAUGUACCGAGGCUCAAGAAUCAAUUUGCAAACGUCUUGGCCACACUGGCAUCCAUGGUUGAAAUUCCCAUUGGUGUGAAGUUAAGGCCAAUUAUAAUCGAACAAAGGGAUACACCGGUAUACCAGUAUGUCAUGGCCAUUGACGAGCCCGAAGAUGAUCACCCUUGGUAUUACGACAUUUGGAGAUUCGUGGAAAGAUGA